CUGCGUUCGGUUUUUAUCGCCUUUUCUACUUAUAGAAUAAUCAACUGCCCAACAGCGCACGGUUUCUUAAUCGGGCAGAAGUCUGGAAGCUUCUUCGUGGUCGAUCAGAGCAAUUGCAGCAUUUAGAAGUUUUCUCAUACAGGACGAGUUGCCUCGUUAAAACUCGAAAAUUUGUGAAAUUUUUUUGAUUUCUCGAUUUUAUUUGGUGCGUCCUGUCCAACAAUCUGAUAAGCUAUAAUACUGUUGUUUAGAUUGAGAAAGAGAGAUGGAUUGGGAAACUGUAACAGCUGAAGAUCUAAUCGGUGCUUUGAAGGAAGUAGAUUGGUCUAUGCCUCCUCGUUCUGUCAAUGAGUUCUUCUCUAAAUUCACCAUCCCUCGAUCUUAUCCCAAGUGGAACAGCCGCUUCAAAUGCAAUCUCUAUUACUACAGGACAAAUUACUUCAUCUUGAUAGUGUUCGUUCUUGGGUUUGCAUGUCUCACAAGGCCGAUGGCUAUUCUUGCUGCUGCUUUUACAGCUUUAAGCAUUGCUUUUUUUAAUGAUAGUUUUGCAGCUACUUUCAGUGAAAAAGUAACAAAAACUGUAAGAAAGUUCUCUCCACAUUUGGCAGCAAAGAUGAGGCCUCCUCACAUGCCUGUCAUCCGUGGUCGUCCUUCUGCCAAAAAAUCAGUAUACAUUUGUGGCCAACCUCGUGGGGUGUUCGUCUUUUUAUUCUCAGCUGCCAGUUUUAUUCUGUGGUUCACUUCUGGCAGCGUGCUGUCUGUUUUAUGGGCAUUUGGGAUUGGCAUCAUUGUUACUGUUAUUCAUUCAAGUGUCAAAACACCUAAUCUGAAGGCACGACUUAACACAUUCAGGGAAGAAUUUCGUGCUGUGUGGCGCAAUUAUAGUGAGCUCUGACUUUGGUUUGUAUGCAAUCUUAAUCCUUUCCCUUGAAUUUCAGUUAAGCUGCACAUAUUCUUUGUAAAUACUAACAAAUUUAAGUCAUUCGAAUGAAAGACUAUUGAAAAUUCCUGCA